AUGCAUCUGUCUUCGGCUCUCGUGUGCCUGUUGCCCCUGGCACUGGCCGCACCUGCCCCGGUGCCUGGUCCUGAGCCCCUCGCCCCGCGGGCCUCUAUCAUCCAGCCCCGCGAAGGAAAGCUCGUGCCCGGCAAGUACAUUGUCAAGCUCAAGGACGGCGCCAGCAACGAAGCCCUCGAUGCUGUCAUCAGCAAGUUUGCGUCCAUCAAGCCCGACCACGUCUACAAGGCGAGCAGCAAGUUCAAGGGCUUCGCCUCCAAGAUUGACAGCGCCACCCUCGCGAAGAUCCAGGCCAUCCCCGAUGUUGAGUACAUUGAGCAGGAGGCCAUCUUCACCAUCAACACCUACGUCUCACAGACUGGUGCUCCAUGGGGCUUGGGCCGUAUCUCGCACCACGCUAAGGGCUCGACGACCUAUGUCUACGACGACAGCGCCGGCCUGGGCACCUGCGCCUAUGUGAUUGACACGGGCAUCUACACUGCCCAUACCCAAUUCGGCGGCCGUGCCACCUGGCUCGCCAACUAUGCCGACAGCUCCAACACUGACGGCAACGGCCACGGCACGCACGUCGCUGGAACCAUUGGCUCGACUCUGUACGGCGUUGCCAAGAAGACAAAUCUGUACGCUGUCAAGGUGCUCGAUGCUUCUGGCUCUGGAUCUACCUCUGGCGUCAUUGCCGGCAUGAACUUUGUCGCCACCGACUCGCAGACGCGCUCGUGCCCCAACGGCACCGUGGCCAACAUGUCGCUCGGCGGUAGUCUCUCGACGUCGAUGAACAAUGCCGCCAAGGCUCUGGUCAAUGCCGGCGUCUUCCUCGCCGUUGCCGCUGGCAACAGCAACGUCAACGCCAACACCUUCUCGCCCGCCAGCGAGGCCACCGCCUGCACUGUCGGUGCGACCGAUAUCAACGACAAUAAGGCUAGCUACUCCAACUACGGCGCCAUCGUGGACAUCUGGGCCCCCGGCACCAACAUCCUGAGCACGUGGAUCGGCAGCACCAGCGCGACCAACACUAUAUCGGGCACCUCUAUGGCUUCGCCGCACGUUGCGGGCCUCGGCGCCUACCUGCUCACCCUGUUUGGCAAGAAGACCCCGGCCGCCCUGUGCACCUACAUCCAGACCAUCUCCACCAAGAACGUCAUUGUCGGCCUGCCCAGCGGCAGCCUCAACUACCUCGCCUUCAACAACAACCCGUCGGGCUAG